AAGCCCUAAAGAGAUUAUCCUUCUGAUCUUAGAGCCAUUUUCCUAAAGGUGUGUGAAGUCGAGUAAAGGAAGCAUUUCGAAAACAAGGUCCCACUUGGCCUACAAGUCUGUGUGCAAACACAGGCUCAUUCUCUCUUUUCCCAGGGCCUUGUCGAUAGGAAGGAAGGAGGGACAGGCCUGUGACAAUGGGCCAGCGGGAGUUGACUCAAACAGCCAAUUCCUGGUGAUUUCCUCUCCCUGCCGAGGGGGCCAGAGAAAGUGGGAAAAGGAAGUUCAGCCGAGGAGGACUGGAGGCAGGCGGAUCGCUAGGAACAAAAGGGGCAGCUUCCUAAACUAUUUUCAGCCCUGGCAUGGCAGGACAAUCCGCCUGAAGAAGCAGCCGCCUUGCAGAUUUCACCUUGCUGCCGAUUUCAGAACUGGACUAGGCCGAAAGACAGCAGGGGUGGGUGGGUGUCUGUUGCACAGACCAGGGUGCUGUGAAGGCAUCUGCGUGUGGUGUGGAUGCCCCUGUGCGUGCUUUGACACCGCUGGUGCUGCGUGUGGGACCCCAGCACUCAUGGAGAGGGCAGGAUCCUUGCUUAUGUCCUUGCACAGAGCAGCGACUUCUAACAUAGACCUGGACGUCAAGAAACCCACUCCUCCCAAGCUGCUAUGGCACCAGCCUGUGAAUAUCUUCUUGGCUCGUCCUGUUGGGGUGGAGGAGCUUCACCAUGAAGCUGAACUCAAUCUCCAGAGCUUGCUCCAAGAAGAGUACGAGGAGCCUUACUCAGAAGCCAGGGCCAGUGGUCAGACUUUCCGCUAUGCCAGUUCUCAUUCCGCAGACAGGCCCCUCGACUGCAGCCCGCGGCCCCCAGUACCCAGCAAACGCUUGGAGUUUGUGUUCAUGCCUGCAAGCCAGCAAGUGAAGGAGAACGAGACAACCACGCUGGGGGUGAGGGCCCCAGAGCCUUCAAUUAGCUUGCCCACUACACCAGACAAGCACACCACCUGGACCCGAACUGGCCCUCUGCCCUCCGUUGAAGAGAGGAGGUUGCACCAGCCCUGUUCAACCCAAGCCAACAUUGUUCCCAUCAACGUCUCUGGACAGCCGUUCGCUCGGCACGCAAGUACUCGCCACUCCCUCUUCAACACAGAGACAGCCAUGAAUCCCAAGUCCUUGCUUCGCCGGAGACGGACGGUCAUUGGCUUCCCCCACCUCGCCCUGCGGGACCCAGGGAACAGCAACGGCCCCAUUCUCAACCCUCCAGCGACCAUCGCAGAGUCCGCCUCUUGCAAUUUUGUCCCUGAGGUGGCCAAUGGGAGGAGCUCCACCCACCAGGCCCGCUCCCCUCAGCCAAGGCCACAGCUGAGGAAGACCUUCAGUGACCUUGGGGGAGUUCUACAAGGACGGUAUUGCCAGGGGCCUGCUGGCCACACAGACAACCCUGGGGCAGUGUAUGCCAGCCCAUCGUGCAACGGCCCCAAGGAGGACUUGACAUUCUCCCCUGCCUGGAGCGCAGCAUCUUUUGGCUACGUGAGCCCUUCCGCGAGCCAGAGUGAGCUGGUGAUGGAAAGCGGGGCCCAGUCUCCCCGCAGCCAGAGGGGAACCCCAGACUCUGACCGGCCUGCUUCUUUCUUCAUCAGCAAAGACAACACAGUUGGGAGCAACGGGUCUGGGGUGUUCUGCGCUUCUCCUGAGUCCCCUGUAGAUGCCAACGGAGGCUUGAGGUGUGGGGCAGCAGAGGUCAAGGCUCGUUUGGUCCCCGCCACCCCGAGUGAAGAGGAGUGCCCCCAAGCGGAGAGGCAGCGGGUGAUGUGCAAGUUCCGUGAGAGGUCUCUCUCCGUCCCCACGGACACAGCCUCCUUGUGCUCCAUGGAUAUCGGGGGCAGUGAGACCUGUGCCCUGAGCUACCCCAGCGCCAGCUCCGAGGGCAGCACAAGCACAGACAACGUCUCGCUAGCGGUGGAGCAGGAGGCUCAGGUGCGGUCACGGCGGCCGCGCACCAAGAGCAUCUCUCUCAAGAAGGCCAAAAAGAAGCCCUGCCCACCUACCCGCAGCGUCUCAUUGAUCAAGGAGGGGCAGCUAAGCAUUGCAGAAGCUGGUGACGAGCCGCUGCCGCAGGACCAGAGACCAAAAAGUCUGUGCUUGCUGCCUGACGCGCAGGCCCAGAGCCAAGUCCCUGGGGACACAACCAAAGAGCUGGAAAGCGUGCCGUACUCACAGCAGUGGUACAUGCCAGAGUGGAGUCCUGGCGACCCCUAUUGCUCUCUCUCUGGCUCCAGCACGGCCACUGGGACCACCGUGAUCGAGCUCUCCAAGGCACGGGGUAGCUCUGAGUCCCUCCCCUCGCCUUCCGUCUCCCGGGCCACCACACCUUCCCAGCUCUCCGCUGAGGUCAACUUGAAAACCUCCUCCCCGGCAAGACUGACAGGGGUGAUGUCUCCCUCUAGUGGCUACUCCAGCCAGUCGGAAACUCCGACCCCGACCAUCCCAACAUCUGCCGUUCUGGGCCACACCCCGCAUCAGAGUGGGCGCGCGAGACCCCUUGUGCCCGAGAGGAAAUCCUCGCUGCCCCCAGUCUCGCCCAUGGAGAGAAGCCCCAAGUCACGGCUGUCCUUUGACCUGCCGUUCGCGCCGCCGUCGCACCUGGACCUCUCAGGGCUGAAGAUCUCGCUCAAGGCCAAGCCCAAAGUGAGCCGGCACCACUCCGACUCCACCUUUGGAGCCAAGCUGGGGCCGAAGCUCAGCCCCGUGCAGCCCGUCAUGCCCAUGGUGACACAGCUGGACCUGCGCUCCGUCCGCCUGCGGUCCAUCAGCCGCUCUGAAACAGAGGACAACCUAGAGAGCCUUGAGCCUGUCGAGGAGCCUGGCAAGAAGGUCCGGCCCCCGGUGGCAGAGAAGCCACCCCUUUCCAGGAGGCCCCCGAUGCUCUUGCACAAGACCCCUCCAGUCCAGGAAGAGUCCCCCGUGGGCUCCCCAACCUCUCCACUGACACCCCAGGGCUCGGUCGCUGUAGAGAACGUUUACAUAGUGGCCAGGAGGCCUGAGCACCAGUGGGAUGCAGAUGGCUGGAGCCCUAUGGAGCCGCAGCCCCCCGUGGCAGCCGUCUCUCCAGCACAAGGGCCUCCGGGGACGUUCUUCUCUGCCCGGCGGCUUUCCGAGGACAGCUUGGAGGAGGAGCUGAAGCCAAGGCUGCCGCUGGAGAGAACACCUGGCGGGGAGAGCCACAGAACCAAAGUCCCUCCCCCUGUCCCCAAGAAGCCUAGUGUGCUUUACCUACCGCUGGUGAGCUCCCCGCUCCACCCAGGGGCCUGCGUCGGGGAUCCAAGGUUGGCUGCCAGCCCUGUCAUCAUGCUGGACGAGGACUGUGCUUAUUCCGAGCUGACUCCGUGCAAGGCAUUGACCCCUGUGGCUAAUGCAGUGAGCAUCAGUCCAACAACUGCAGGGUUGUCUUGGGGAAAUGUUUCAGGGAGCUCAGUGGGCUUAAGGGCCGAAGAGAAAAGCUUUGUAAGUGACAAAACCGCCGAGUCGAUAACCGAGGAGGACGACGAUGUGUUUGUGACAUCCCGAACCACAGAGGAUUUGUUUACUGUCAUCCACAGGUCCAAACGGAAGUUGCUUGGUUGGAAGGAAUCCGGCGAGGCCUUUGGCAACCGGCAGAAUUCAAAGAGCAACGAGUGCGCUCCGACGGGCGUCACAAGAACCUCCAGCAGGAAUGAAGAUUUUAAGGCACUCCUUCAAAAGAAAGGUGGCAAGGGCGCUUCAGGCAUCCGCACGUCUGCGGCUGAACUUCUGAAGACCACCAACCCCUUGGCUCGGCGAGUUAUGACCGAGUUUGCUGUGGACGGGACAAUUCAGGGCCCUAAGACCCAGCCAUGAGUAUGUCGAGAGAGAGAGCUUUGUCAUUUCACGCAAUGCCCUAAUCCAACCCUUGGGGAGAUCUGCUUGACUAAGGGUCAGGGUGAGCCUACCACUCCAUUACCGGGGUGGGGGGGUUGUGUUGUUGUUUUUCAUCUUUGUUGAUUUGUUGGCAGUGGUGCCAGACUUUUUUCUGUUUCUUUUUUUACUGGAGGGGGGACUCCUGACCCAAGAAAAAGUGUCUUAAAUGUAGAGCACACACUCAUCCCCAAUGGAAUCAGCCACACAUCUUGGCCCUAAAAGGGAGGAAACUUUUAUAUCUUUUUCCACACUGGAAGAAGGACCUGCGGCAUGGGUGUUCCUAGACAGGGCUAUCCUGCAUUGGUAUCAGACCUAGGCCUGGAACCUUCUUCAAUUGCAUGAGGAGUAGAAUACCUCCUCUCUUUUUCAUCCUGAUCCUCCUGCUUUCCAAGACUACAAAUUUGGCGGGUUGGGGAGUCCCUCUGUACUGAUUUCUUCUCUGCAGUGAAGCUAGCUUGGAACUGUUCAGAGUUUCUUUGGCAUGUGGUACUUUCAGUGCUUGUAGGAUACAAUAUAUGGCUGUUGUGGCUUCUUUUCUUUUUAAUUCCACCCCCCACCCCGCAGAACCUGACUUGAUCAUUUUUAGUUUUGACUGCGAAACUCCUGAGGUAGUGGUGGCGGUGUGGAAAGGUGGUCACUUGGGAGGCAGGUGUUGGUCAAGCAGAGGAACAACAAAGAUCCCUAUUUUUAUUGAUGAUGCCUGACGGUCAUAUCAGGGCUCAGCCCCACUUCUGUGAUUCCUAGUCACGGGUCUGAGAAGUUAUUUUGCCCUUUCGCUUUCCCUGGAGAAACCUGCUGCUUACGCCUGAAUUGGAACAAACGCCAGUCAGGUUUCCUGUGGACUGAGAUUUGUUUCAGUUCAGCAGUGAAGAGUGGGUUUUCCCGGGGAAAGCGGUGGGACAAAAUUAAAGCCUCUUAGGCCCAUGACUAGCAAUCAUGAGGCUUUUAAUCUCAGGGUGGUGAGUUCAAGCCUCACGUUGAGCGAAAAAGCUCCCUGCAUUGUAUGGGGUUAGACUAGAUGAUCCUCGUGUUCCCUUCCAACUCUACAAUUCUGUGAUUCUUAGGAUGAGCCCUAUAACUCCAGUGUCCUUAACAUAUUGCUUGCUGUUCUUUUGCUCAGGGCGGGCAAAAUUCCUCAAUCUGGCCUCAUCACCCUUCAGCCUAAUAUUUCUAUGCUGGCCCCUGAUAACUUUGAAAUAUUCGUUCAGCUCUCGGGAGGGCUGACACCUGGAACAUUUUGAUACAGGAUUGAUUCCCCCACUGCCUUAAAUGCAAAUAUUCAGCUUGGAAUCUGAAAGAUUUUCCUAGCCCUUCUAUAUCCUUGGAACCAGAAAUCCAUUAUCUGACUAGAAGCUCUCGUUAAUGCUGUUGACCUGCUUCUCUUCACAGCCUUAAAUGGAACAAAAGUAAAUUGUCUUGUAGCUGCUGGGUUCCUGAGCUAAUUGUGUCUUUAGAGCCGAAUCCUGCACACAAUGGACUCUGCCCAGCUGGGACACCAUGGGGCUCUUUGCAGACACCAGACUUAGACUAAUGGGCUGGUUGUUCAGUGCCAUCUUGAACAGUGGGCGUAUGAUUGAACUGUACUGAUGGGGUAAUAUUGUUUUAAGGAUCAAUGCAAAGCGUUGGGGCUGAAUAAUGGUUGCAUCAGCUAUCUUGGUCGGAUUCUUCACUUCCGUCCUUGGUAGGAUUCUUCUUUUUACAUCAUGAAGAUGAAAAAAGAAUUAAAAGCAUCUUGCAGCACUGUACGCACUUGCAGAUGAAUUGUGGCAUAAGCUAUCAUAUACUAGAGCCUGCUUAUUCUGAUUAACUAGGUGUUUUCCUAAGCUGGGAUACAUGUGAGCAAAGGGAAGGGCAUACUUUAAAUGGUGGAGGGCAAUUGGCCACAGAAUUUACAAUCUGUGGUUUACAAUUUACAAUCAUCCCUGACCACUGGUCCUGUUAGCUAGGGAUGGUGGGAGUUGUAGUCCCAAAACAUCUGGAGGGCCGAGUUUGUCUGUGCCUGUGAUAGGAGCUGUUGUUGUGUAACACCUGGAGGACAGGUGACAUGUGGAACCCUUGGCUCUCCAGAUGUUGCCGAGCUACACAUCUCAUCAACUUCAGCAAGAAGAACAAUAGCCAGGGAUGAUGGGAGCUUUAGUUCAGCAACAUCUGGAGGGCUAGAGGUUCCCCACACCUGGUAAACAAUGUAACUACAUUGAUCAUCCACAAGAUGACCCAAAAUAAUAAUAAUAAUGCUUGCCAUGUAGGCAAACGCUACCUUCCACUCUUAAGUCUGGGUGAACCAGCCCUUACUGCAGUGCAGUGUGUAUGUGUGUGUAUAAUCUUCACAUGUAAUGUGUCUAAAGAAGCAUUGAAUGCACAUGCACCGCAGGGCAUACCACAAUAUAAAAGCCCCUUCCCUCUC